AGCUAGAGUCUCAUCUCAUUUCAUCUACUUGUACUUGCAAACCAACUUUCCCCAUACCUUCUUUUAUUACUAGCUACUACCCUAUAUAUCCUCUACACACACACAAGUCCUAGUAUAGUAUAGUACUUAAUUUAUGCCAUUAUCCUCCCCAUCCCUCUCCUCCUCCUCUUCUUCUUCCUCCCCUUCUUCUUCAUCUUCCAGGCCUCCAUUUUUCUCAUCUCUCUUGGAAAACAUAGACAAAAACUCCAUGGAUUUGAGCCAGCCUUCUUCUGAUCAUCUCUGUUAUGUCCGCUGCAGCUUUUGCAACACCGUUCUCGCGGUUGGGAUUCCAUGCAAGAGAGUGUUGGAAACAGUGACAGUGAAAUGUGGGCACUGCAGCAACCUUUCCUUUCUCACCACUAGGCCUCCAUUUCAGCCCCAGUGCUAUGAUCACCUCACUAAUCUUCAGGUAUCAUGCAAUGGUUACAAGAGGGGUCAAUCAUCGUCUUCUUCGCCAACAUCGGCCGAACCAUCUUCCCCAAAGGCGCCUUUCGUCGUCAAACCUCCUGAGAAGAAACACAGGCUUCCAUCAGCCUACAAUCGCUUCAUGAAGGAGGAAAUUCAACGCAUCAAAGCAGCCAAUCCAGAGAUACCCCAUCGUGAAGCUUUCAGUGCCGCAGCCAAAAAUUGGGCAAGAUACAUUCCAAACCCACCCUCAAGCAGGUCCGCACCAGAGACCAUUGCACCACCAAUGCUUAAUUAGAGCUGAUAAUUAACAAGCUAAGUUGGU